CAGAGCGCGGCUCCACAUCCGGGGCUCCUCGGCGCCCCCUCCCCCUCCCCACGGCCGUUCGCACUCGGCUAUGGCGGAGGCCUCAGUUGGGAGGCAAAGCCCCAGGGUCGUAUCCUACCCUGCCCACAACCUAUGUCCUGGGAGACCCAGCCUUCAUACCACGGCAGUGGUUUCUAUGGGCUCAGCUGACCACCGCUUCAACCUGGCUGAGAUCCUGUCGCAGAACUACGGGGUGCGGGAAGAGACGGAAGAGGAGGAGGAAGAGGCGGAGGAGGAGCACCACCACCAGGACCACGAGCAGGGGAAAGCCAAGCCUUUCGACGAGCUAGAGAAGAGCUUCCAUGCCGCCCAGAACGCGGAAAUGCCCUUUGAGGAAUUGCUGGCGCUCUAUGGCUACGAGGCCUCCGACCCCAUCUCUUCGGAGCAGGAGAGCGAGAGCAACGAUGCUGCCCCGAACCUCCCGGACAUGACCUUGGACAAGGAGCAAAUCGCGAAGGACCUUCUCUCCGGCGAAGAGGAAGAGGAGACGCAGUCGUCGGCCGACGAUCUCACGCCCUCGGUGACGUCCCACGACGCCUCGGACCUUUUCCGCAACCGAACCAGCUCGGGCUUCCUCGCCGACGAAGACAAGGGCCACUGCUCUUCCCCGUCCGCGACUUUCUCGGCGGAGGACUCCGAAGAAGACUCCAUCCCCAGAAAUGACUGCAAGAAGGAGAUUAUGGUUGGGCCUCAGUACCAGGCAGCCGUUCCCCUCCUCAAUUUACACCAACACGGUGAAAAAGCAGUCUACGAAAACGAAGACCAGCUGCUUUGGGACCCAAACAUCCUCCCGGAGCAAGACGUCGAGGAGUUCCUCUUCCGGGCCAUCAAGAGGCGGUGGGACGGGGUCUCCAACGCCAACCUUGUGGAAGGAGAGGCCGUGAAGGACAAUGAGCAGGCCUUGUACGAAUUGGUGAAAUGCAACUUCAAUGCCGAAGAAGCGCUCCGGAGGCUCCGGUUCAACGUGAAGGUCAUUCGAGACGAGCUGUGCGCCUGGAGCGACGAGGAGUGCAGGAACUUUGAGCACGGCUUCCGGGUCCACGGCAAAAACUUCCACCUGAUCCAGGCCAACAAGGUCCGCACCCGGUCGGUGGGCGAGUGUGUGGAAUACUAUUACAUGUGGAAGAAGUCGGAGCGCUACGACUACUUCACCCAGCAGACGCGGUUCGGGAAGAAAAAGGAUUUCGCGGAUAAUUUUUUAGAGGGCGGCGAAGGGGAGAACGCCAGCCGCUCCCGUGGCUCGCCGACCAUCGCAUCAGCAACGGGUUGCCUCAACCCACGCUUCAACCCGGAACACCUGGCGAUGGAAGGCACAGAGCCCUUGAGCAUGGAGAGCGCCAGCGAGUCGGGCCACGGCUACGAGUGCAGCACUCCUUCCGAAACAAACUGUUCCUUCGACCCUCCCGAAGAGGGGCCCCCGCCCGGCCGAACCUCCCCUUCUCCGCCCCCCGGCGGCUUCUACCCAGCGUCCAAGCAGGAGCCGCUACGGUGCUCGGGGGAAGCCAUGGCCGUGGGCUUCCCCCUCCCUCGGGAUGUGGCCGAGCGGCUGCCUUUACUCUCCGGCCACGCGGGACUGGGCGGGGACCCCGAGACGUCGCUGCCCCCCGCACAAGUGUCCUUAUCCGUCCCCAGCUUCGGCCUCCUCGGCCUCGGGGAGGUCAACAGCUUCUUGGCCGCUCCGUCGACUUGUCCGACCCCGACGACGGCCCACGUGGACUCUGUGUCUCAGUGACGACGCUGCGGUUUUGUAGCUUGGACCGAAUCUUAGAGUCGGGGUGGGGGGGCUGACCCUCUAACCCCGGGACCGGAAUCGGGACCUCUUUUUCCAGACCGCCACCCUGCUUCGAGAUCGCCCUUCAGCGAAACCAAACACCCCUCCUCGGGUCGUCUCUCUCGCUCGGCCUCGGUCAUGGAAAGCCGGCGGCGGGGGGACCGUGGCCCCCGUGGGGUCGGUGCAGAGGAAGGACGGGCAGAACCUUCCCCACCCUGCUGCAGUGAGGUCCGGAAGGGAGUUCGGGGCCGAGCGGAGGGAAAGCGAACCUCAAGAAGCGAGACAUACACAGCCAUAACGUCAUGACGUGCACCGUCGUAAUGCUCGCCAAUUAUCACCAGCCUCCGGCGCUUGGGUAUCAUAAGGGAUAUAACAGAGAGAUUUGUCACAAGCACUUUGGAGGAACUUUGGAGUAACUUUGAAGGGCAGAAAAGUGUCGGCUGCCGGGCAUUUUGGACUCCGACUUCCAGAAUUCCUGGCCGAUGACGAGCUCGCAUUUCUGGGAGUCGGAGACCCAAAGAAGUUGGCCGUCAACAGUACGCGGGUUGCGACCUCGGUUUCCAGUUGCGGCGGCCGUCAGUGGUACCUCUUGUAUCGUUUUAUUUAAAUUUGGGAGUUGAAUUCUUGCCCUGUGUUUACUCGAACUGAGUUGCUUUUGGUCCCUAUCCCCGCCCAUCAUCCCCAUUCUGCUGUCCUUUUGAAACAGUGGCUCCCAGUCUUUGUUUUUGACCAGGAACCAGUCUCCAACAUUAGUACCAAUCGGUUUUGGGUCAACUUUAGAUAGUUACGAUCCGGGAGAAGCCAUGAAACGGGUUGCUGUGAGUUUUCCGGGCUGUCUGGCCAUGUCCCAGAAGCUUGACAUUUCGCCCACAGGCAUCCUCUUCCAUGACUGGAACUAGUGGGUGGCUGUGAGUUUUCCGGGCUGUCUGGCCAAUGUAUCCGGAAGCAUUCCCUCCUGACGUUUCGCCCACAUCUAUGGCAGGCCUCCUCAGAGGUUGUGAGGUCUGUUGGAAACCAGGCACACGGGGUCUAUAGUCCAGGGCACUAAAAUCAGGACAGUAAAUAAAGACAAAUUAGAAACAUUGGGUGUGAUCAAAAACAAAGAUGGAAGGACCUAACUGAAGCUGAUGAGAUCAAGAAAAGGUGGUGAGAAUAUACAGAAGAUCUGUAUAGGAAUGAUAAUAAUAUCGAGGAUCACUUUGACGGUGUGGAAUUAGAACUAAACAUCGUGAGGAGAGAGGUUGAAUAAGCCUUAAGAAGUAUUACUAAUAACAAGGCAGCAGGAGACAAUGGGAUCCCAGCUGAAUUGUUUAAAAUCUUGAUCUGUGUAGGAAGGAUAAUAUCGAGGAUCGUUUUGACAGUGUGGAGAGAGAAUUAGAAGCAGAAAUCCCAAUCAGUGAGGUUAAAUGGGCCUUAAAAAGCAUUGCUAAUAACAAGGCAGUAGGAGAUGACAAGAUCCCAGUUGAAUUUUUUAAAAUCUUGAUCUGUGUAGAAAGGAUAAUAUCCAGUAUAGUUUUGACAGUGUGGGGAGUGAAUUAGAACUAGACAUCCCAAAGAGUGAAGUUAAAUGGGCCUUAAGAAGCAUUGCUAAUAACAAGGUAGUAGGAGACAAUGGGAUCCCAGCUGAAUUGUUUAAAAUCAUGAUCUGUGUAGGAAGGAUAAUAUCGAGGAAUUGCUUUGACAGUGUGGAGAGUGAAUUAGAAUUAGAAAUCCCGAAGAGUGAGGUUAAAUGGGCCUUAAGAAGCUUUGCUAAUAACGUGGUAGCAGGAGGCGACGGGAUCCCAGCUGAAUUGUUUAAAAUCUUGAUCUGUGUAGGAAGGAUAAUAUCGAGGAAUUGCUUUGACAGUGUGGAGAGUGAAUUAGAAUUAGAAAUCCCGAAGAGUGAGGUUAAAUGGGCCUUAAGAAGCUUUGCUAAUAACGUGGUAGCAGGAGGCGACGGGAUCCCAGCUGAAUUGUUUAAAAUCUUGAUCUGUGUAGGAAGGAUAAUAUCGAGGACAGCUUUGACAGUGUGGAGAGUGAAUUAGAACCACACAUCCCGAAGAGUGAGGUUAAAUGGGCCUUAAGAAGCAUUGCUAAUAACAAGGCAGCAGGAGACAACGGGAUCCCAGCUGAAUUGUUUAAAAUCUUGAUCUGUGUAGGAAGGAUAGUUUUGACAGUGUGGGGAGUGAAUCAGAACCAGACAUCCUGAAGAAUGAGGUUAAAUUGGCCUUAAGAAGCAUUGCUAAUAACAAGGCAGCAGGAGAAAAUGGGAUCCCAGUUGGAUUGUUUAAAAUCUUGAAAAAUGAUGCUGUCAAGGUGAUGCAUGAUACAUACCAUGCUUCUGGAACGUGACCAGGCAGCCCGAAAAAUGCACAGCGACUUCGACAACACAAUAUUUUAUUUGUUACCUUUCUCCUAUUGGCUCAAGUCGGGGUGCAACAACGUUCUUGUGCGCCGAACCAUUCUAGCACACUCUGCUCCAGAUAUAUCCAUUCAUAACUCUCAGGGGUUAGAAACUAUAAAUCAAUUUAAGAUUUCCUAAUGUCCUUUCCUGCAGGAAGGGGUCCUGGGGGGGAGGAUUUCCUAUGUCUGGCCCCGCCCCACCAAAUAAUAAUGUGGGCAUACCACAUUUUCGGAAACGUGACCGGAAGAGUAUACUUGGGAUUCGUUUUUCUGCUUUCCCGUCGUCUGCCUCUAGGGGGCAGCACUCACUUCCCUUGUCUCCCCCUCUUGGCAGGGAGGAGGAACUGCAGCGUCUCUAUUUCUGUAAAUCUCUUUCUGAAACGGACUCGAAUCCGCCCCGUCGUCGGUUAUUUUUUAUUAUGUCUAUUUAUACAUAUAUAUAUAUAUAUAUAUAUAUAUAUAUAUAUAUAUAUCCUUCGAGUUUGUUUACAGGUUGCAAGGAGGUGGAUACAAUGGUCGGGUUGUGUGGGGAAGGCGGGCGGGGCUACCGGUAAGAAAGAGCAAAGAGCCCGUAUUAUAUUUUCCUUAGCGGAAGGAGGUGGGAUUUUUGUCCUCGUUUUUCCCCGUUGUGACAAGCAGGGAAGGCCUCCACUGUGAUGAAUAUCCUUCAAUUAUUUAUUAAAAAGAAUAUGUUUUGGGAGAGGGAAAAAUCCCUGCAUCCAAA